GCUAAUCGCGAGAAAAUGACUCAGAUAAUGUUUGAAACAUUCAAUGUUGCUAUUCAAGUUGUUCUGUCUUUGUAUGCUAGUGGACGUACUACUGGUAUUGUGUUGGAUUCUGGAGAUGGUGUGAGCCAUACAGUUCCUAUCUCUGAAGGUUAUGCACUACCUCAUGUAGACCUUGCUGGCCGUGACCUUACUGAGUACAUGGUGAAGAUUCUUACUGAACGCGGAUACUCCUUCACUACUAGUGCAGAGAAGGAAAUUGUAAUGGAUAUGAAGGAGAAAUUGGCAUAACUUGCUCUUGAUUUCGAGCAGGAACUUGAGACAACCAAGACAGGCUCCGCGGUUGAGAAGAACUAUGAACUGCCUGAUGAACAAGUGAUUACUAUUGGUGCUGAGCGUUUUCGAUGUCCUAAAGUACUUUAUCAGCCUUCUUUGAUCAGAAUGGAAGUUGCUGGAAUUCAUGAGACGACGUAUAAUUCUAUAAUGAAGUGUGAUGUUGAUAUCAGAAAGGAUUUGUAUGGGAACAUUGUGCUUAGCGGUGGAUCGACUAUGUUUCCUGGCAUUGCUGAUAGAAUGAGCAAAGAGAUUUAAGCCUCAGUGGUUGCUCCCCCUGAAAGGAAGUAUAGUGUUUGGAUUGGAGGUUCCAUUUUGGCAUCCCUUAGUACCUUUCAACAGAUGUGGAUUGCUAAGGCAGAGUAUGAUGAGUCUUGCCCCUCCAAUGUGCAUAGAAAGUGUUUCUAAUCCGAACAAAGGUUGAACCUGGUUCAACAUUUGAGUUUUCGAUCUUCUUUUUGUUUCCUUGGUGACUCGAACCAAUAACUUUUAAAUUCUAAACGAAUGAUACUUACCAUUUGAACAAGCCUUCUUGUUACUUUUAGAGAAUUAAUUGGUCAUUGGACCUUUUUCUUUUUUUUUGUUUAAUUCGUUACUUACUAGGAGU